AUGGCAAAUCAUACAGAUUUGGCCAAGAACUUAUUGCCAAAUACUUCCCAAGGGAAAGCCCGGUCAAAUCAACUUUGGGAACAACUCGCUUCUAAAUUAAAUGCUUCCGGCCCACCAGUAAAAGACGCUAAGGCUUGGCGCAAGGUUUACGCUGAUCAAAAACAAAAUGUUAAGAAAAACAUUCAAUUUAAUAAAUCUUCUAAGAAAAGGACCGGUGGCGGGCCAUUUGAAGAAAAAAUUCUUUCUCAAGUAGAGGAACAGAUAGUGGCUGCUGCAGGUUUAGAAGCCUCUGUUGAUGGUUUAACAAUUGUUAAAAGUUUUGGAUUCCAAAGUAAAACCGUGGAAGAUAUUGUAAGUGCAACAACACAAGAAAACAGUCGUGAUAUUUCAUGCACGUCAUUAUUCUCAGAUGACGAAGAGAUGCCAGAAAAUAUUUCGUCCUUAAUAGAAAAUGAAGACGUUGGUGAAAAAGAAAAAGCUGUGGCUAAAAAUGCUCCACCAAAAAUAUAUAAAAAGGAAAGAGAAACUAAAACCAUUUUGUUAAAAAAAAAUAUGAUGACCACCGAAUUGUACCAGAAGGAGAUGUUGAAAAGAUUAGAUAAAAUUAUAGAAAUAGAAAAUAAAAACCUUGAGUUAAAGGAAAAAGAGGUCGAUAUAAGUUCUCAACUACUCGAUUUAAAAAUUAAAAUCUUUAAAAUGAAGGAAAGAGGGCAAAAUUUAAGCACACAAAUAAAAGAAAUGGAACUACAAAUACGUAAAAAGGAGUUGGAAAAACUGAAUAUGGAUAUCUUAAUGGAUUAA